AUGGAAGACUCCGGCCGCAAGGCGAUUCUAACAUCAGACAAUUUCCAUCAUGCACAAGAGCUGUCCCGGGCGACCUCGCCCGGUGGUGAGCCCGUCGCCGUGAAUAGCGAAGGCGAACCGAUAGCCCGCGUGCGGCCCCGUACCUACCCAUACUUCAAAUAUCUUCCAUACCAGCUCGAGGAUGAGACUGAGCGUAAUCAAAAUCUGCGAGAGAUUUUGAACCAGCUUUAUAUUGCAGUGGAGGCCGGCGACUUCAAUCCCGGAGCCGUGCACUGGACACGCGAGCUACGCGGAUGGCUGUCGCUCAAGUUUGAUCCAACCCGGGCGCAGCGCAUCAGCCUUGUAAAAUUGUAUUUUGAGCUUGCACUUGCUCCUGGUAUUGACCCGUCGGUCGCCGAGCGAUUUUCGAGCAUGUUCAUGCUUCUCACGAAGCGCAAGCAUUAUCUAAAGCCAGUCAAAGACCUCGUGUUAGAUUGGAAGCCCCUAUACAAGGAGCUCAAGGCUUUUGUCCUUCCCACUGAGUCCGGCCUUGUUCACUCGACCAACCUAAAGCGGAAUGUCAAGACCCUGACCAAGCUUUGCGCAUUUGCUCAAUUAUUCAUUGACCCGUGUGAACUUCCCGCCAUGCUAGAAGAGUUUUUGCCUCAUUAUACCACAUCGUUCUCAGAAGGUGCCUUCGUUGUCGCCGGGCUCAUUAAUUUGCUGCUUCCGACCUCCCCUGCUCCGGAUUCGCGAGCCGAUCUCCAACCACAGAGCCAUCUGCCUACACAUUUCCAUUUGUGGUCAUUGGUCGGUCGGUCAAAAACAUUCGACACAACAUAUCUGGACUAUCUCUCCCGGUUGGCCCGAGAUUCUCUGCCGGCUGCUCACAUUCCAUUCUCCGAGCAUGGUAUCUUCACAAAGGAACAGUCUGCUCUCGUUUUUACCGCGAUACUGAGGUUGUUGGAAAUCCCGGUCGGGCAAUCUACUUCCCCGUAUAGUGCCUUGGUGGAUAUUUCGUCUGGUCUGGGUAUCAUGCUUGAUCGCGAUGGGCGGAAGCACCCGGUUGCUCACCAUAUUGCCCGGUGGAUUGUAAUGUCGCUUUCACCCGCUUGUGUGGAUGCCGAAGUUUCUAUUCUCACACAGCUGGAAGGACUCAUCCAAGCCGUUGAGACUUUUUUCCACCCUUCAAACUCGGGCCAUUGGACCAAGACUCUGUCACAACUGGUUUAUUACCUGACCGAUUUUUUUGUCAUGCGUUGGAAUCGCGAACAAACCGGUGAGAUGGAUGUCCCACCUGAGCGACAAUUGAAUGAGCCUCUGAAGCGGCGGUUUGUCUUGUGCAUCCGUGACGUAAUCUUCAUGGGAAUAUAUGCUAAAAGCAGCACUGCAAUGACCUUCUCCCUGUCGACUUUACAAGGCUUGGCCUACUUAGAACCGCAUCUCAUCCUACCCGGGGCUUUGCAGAGAAUCUACCCUGCGCUGCAAGGUCUUGUCGAAGUGCACCGAACUGCGUCCUCGCUUCGGGCUAUGACAUCGCUAUCUCGUGUUAUUUCACGCACCAAGGGUUACCGCUGUCAUAUGACAACCUUGUUGGGUCUGACCCUCCCUGGCAUUGAUGCGAACGACCUUGAAAAAUCGCUUCAUGCCCUGUCGUUCAUUCAAUCGGCCUGUUACAAUAUUCCUAUGGUUGACUUGACCCAAGGGCGAGAUGACAUCAACUGCAAUAUGCUUGCCAUGCAAUGGAUCUCAGGUGAAAUGGAGAGGAUGGAAGAGCAAGGGUCCGAUGUGCAGCUUGGUUAUGAUACAGAGUUGGAUGAUGAGACCGAGGAAUUGAUCUUGCGCUCUUCGACAUGUGGUUUCGGAGACUUCACGAUAGCUUUCCUGGGUCGCGUCUUCACCCUCUUGGAAAAUCUGCCCGACGUCUCCAGAGUUCGUAACGGUUCGCCCGAAGAGAAUAUCGUGAACACUCUCCCCGCCACGUUCAUGCCUUUGCUCGCUUCUUUGUCCCCGGAGUAUUUCGAUAUCGCUUUGGGGAAGAUUGUAGAUUUCGUGUCCAACCACGUCAUUCACCAGGCUCGUGAUGCAAUGGCUUUCAUCUGCAAUGCCCUGUGCAAGGUGAACCCCGAGAAGGCCCUCAAGCGUUUCAUCCCUGUCUUGACUGCGGCUAUCCGUACCGAGAUUGAAGACAAUGGUGCCGGAUCAACACGAACCACAGGAACUGAUGUUUUGCCUCGUGAUCGAGGUCUAGUCUGGAAUGUCAGUAUGCUGAGCAUGUGUGUGGUGCAUGUCGGCAGCGCCGUCAUUGGCCACCGCCAGGAACUGUUUGACAUUGCAGUCUACAUGCAACAGAACUGCCGUGGCAUUCCUACAGUCCAUAUUUCCAACUUCAUCCACCACCUUCUGCUCAAUCUGACUGGAACCUACACUAAUGAUUUUUCACUCUACGAACCUUCAGUCAAAGCGAACGGCAUCGGGCCGAAGCUAUGGAGCUAUCAAGCUGAUGUGAACAACCUCAACAUCAAUUGGCACGUGCCGACGCGUCGGGAAAUUGAGUUUGCCGUCGACGUCUUCAAAAUCCAAACAGAGACGGCUUUGAAGUCGCUGUCUGCGCUGACUCAUGAGACAUCAAUUGUCAAACGUGAUGGAAGCGGCAAGGACUGGUCGGAUGAGGUUACUCGGAACCUUGUGCUCUUGCGGCUCGUGUUGUCUGGAGUUUCCGUUCUCUUUGAUCCCAAAGCCGCAUCAACUACAACGCUCGGACCUUCAAACGGCCCCUCUGGGGAUGUUGAGAUGGGUGGUGAUUUUGGUGUUUCAAAUGACAUCGAGGAAGAUCCUGACACUGUCCUGGACAGCUCUGAUGAUGCUAUAAUCAGACAAGCUUUCACCUACCCCACUGGGUAUGCCCUCAAAGAAGGAGACCCGUUAUAUACCACCAUCCAUGAACUACGUGAGCGAACUGGUUGGGUCUUGCAUGAUGUACACCGGUUCUUGAGUGAUAAGCAAGAGGAUGAUGUUCCUUGCUUUGGGGCUUUGUACUCUGCCUUCAGAUCGUGGUUUGUUGAUGUGGGCAUUGAGAGAUCCGCUCAUGUACUAGACCGAGUAACUCGCCUCUUGGCCGCGGACAUUCAUCCUUAUAAGAUGAGUGGUAUGCGAAAAGAUUACCCCAGAGCCCUGCUUGUGCGCAGAGCCAACGUAUAUCACCUGCAACGGCUAAGACACAACGCUUCUCCCCGUCCUCGGUCUAAGCUUGAUGAAAUUCUUCUUCUUGAUAUCGCCGAAUCCUGUGUCUCUCUCUACACAGAGACGCGCCGUAAUGCCCAAAACGCAGGCGAGUCAGCACUCAAGGCGGUCUAUGGUGGCAGACUGCUGGUCAUCCCCCCUCUACUCACGGCUCUGCAAAGAGGUGUCAAGGAAAAUGACCAUGCACGCAUCAAGGGAGCACUUUACUCGUUGCUUCUGAGCAGUGUAGCCAAAACUGUUGGGCGGCAUUGGAAGUAUGCGCCUGCCGUGGUCAGAACCUUUAUCGAUGCCAGCGCCGUUGACAAGCCUUCAGUCCAGAAGAUUUGCUCUACCGCAGUAUUCCAGGUCAUGGAUUACGGUCGCGCGAUGGAGCGAAUGGCUAUCCUAGAUCAAGAAAUUGUAGAGGCAAUAGCUCCUACUGAGGAUGUCACCGGGCAGAUCGAGAAAAAGCGCGCAGUUGUCAAUAGCAAGCGCGUUGCUAUCGAGAAAAAGAAAGCUGACCUGGCCGAAGAGCUGGUAAACCUGGCACGGGUAUCCCACUGGAAGAUUGCUAGCCGCGCUGCGACCAUUGUCAUCACUAUGGGUCUCCGCUUCGACUAUAUCGCCAGCGAUAAUUUGAUCGAGCUGAUGACACUCGGGUCUAUUGACGACCACCCUGGCUUGCGCGGCAUGUACUCCCAGGCGCUAAUCGCGCUAUUCACUAUGAUUGAUGUGCGAGCAAUUUGCACCCACGAGUAUAAGAACUAUGUUCUUGGUCAUCAGCGCUUCCCGUCAAAGAUCAAGGUUGCAACAAAGCCCUAUGAGAAGGGAUACACCCAAGAGUAUAUUUCUAGCUUCGCGAAACCUGAGGCAGAGUACUACGUUGAUCAUGAUUUCCCAGGCUGGCUUGUGUGGGGCAAGACUAUGCCUGCUUACAAGUCCAACGUAGCACGGGACAUUGAGUAUGACGAUGUUGAAUGGAAGGUUCGUACCAAGAUGGGCAAGUUAUUUACUCGCGAGUGGUUCUCCAAGUUCUUCAUGUACUUGAAGCAAGAGCCACGGGACCCAUCUGCUGACAAGUUCCGCAUGUCCUGUGCCAUGUUGCUUCUCUACGCAUUCGAGCUCAUGAUUCGGGACGGGCUUACAGCCGCCUCGUUUGAGGAAAUCCGAGAAGAGAUCAAAGAAGUCUUUGAAGAUGGCAGUGAUAAGCACCAACAUCGUGCCACGGCUGAAAUUCUCGGGGCUUUGAUAUCCUCUGUGACGGAUACAGGCGUGGAGAAGCGGACUAUGGUCUGGGCGUAUGCAUUCCCCAUUGUACGGCAGAUCUUCACCGACGGCCUCACUCCAGAGAACUCUGGCUACUGGACAACAUUCCUUCACAUGAUCCUUCAAUGCCGUGAUCCCCGCCGCGCUUGGCCGUUGGUCGAUUGGCUAUCCAGCUUCCGUCUUGACAUGUCGACCAACGCAGCUUUCAAGGAAAGUUCCAAGAUCAACCUCCUGCAUCAAUGUAUCAUUGAUUCUGGUUGGCAUUACCAGCUCGAGAAGCCCAUUGUGGAAGAUUUCCUCGCACAUUUGGACCACCCGUACAAGGGCGUCCGCGAAGCAAUGGGUCAAACUCUUGCAACUAUUUAUCGUACGAGGUACCACGAGUCGUACCCUGAUGUUCAGCAUCUUCUAGAGGCCCAGAAAUCCGCGUCUUCUGUCGGCACAUAUCCCUACCCGCCUACCGAAGAUUUUACAAAGGUGAUUCAUGGAGUCUUCACUCGAAUCGAAGAAUGGCGGAAGGCCAGGACUCCUGGUCAACAGACACCCUCAUCCUACACCUCGGGCAGCAAAACUGUUCUCCUUUGGCUGGAUUCGACUUUGUCUUCUCACGAGUGUACCCAGCUUGUCUCAUUCUUCCCCAAUGUCUUCACCGCUCAGCUCCUGCACAUGAUGGAUGUGAAGGAAGACCCAGAGCUCCAGUCCCUUGCAUACCACGUUUUCCGUCACCUCCCCAAUAUCCCGUAUCCAGCCGAGAAAAAUUCUGAAUUCAUACAAUCUCUCAUCCGUAUCGGACAGACAUCCCCAUCAUGGCAUCAGCGCUUACGUAUCAUGAUCAACAUCCAAAUCAUCUACUUCCGCCGCCUGUUCCUGCUCGACCCCGCAGACCGCGACAAGCUCUUCGAGUGUAUCGCCUCCAUGCUCGAAGACCCCCAGCACGAAGUCCGUGCUGGCGCCUCAGCCACACUAUCCGGUAUGGUCCGAUGCUCGCCUGUCUUCCUGCGGGAAAAGAUGGUCAGUCGCUUCCAUGACCGCUUCACGAAGGUUCUAGCAGACAACCCUCUCCCUAAGAAGCCAAAGACCUUCCGCUCAGGAAUCGCCUCCUCCACGGUAUCGUCCAGCGCUGGAGCCCCUACUCCCGAGCACAACCGCUUAAUCAUUGUUCGCCACGGCGCUGUGUUGGGUCUCGGCGCAUUGAUUCAGGCCUUCCCCUACAACAGUCCCCCGCCUCCCUGGAUGCCUGAGGCAUUGACUUCACUCAGUAUCCGCGCAGCCAACGAUCCUGGCAUUGUUGGUUCGAGCGUGAAGUCGAUUAUCAGCGAGUUCAAGAAGACUAGACAAGAUACUUGGCAUAUUGAUGCAAAGGCCUUCACAUCGGAUCAGCUAGAAGACUUAUCGGGUGUUCUAUGGAAGAGCUACUUUGCGUAG